CUCCGCCGCGCAGGUCGUCUCCAACAUGUGGGAGCUCGACCAGGCGGGCGGACACUUCCCAGACACUUCCCAGACACUUCCCAGACACUUUCCAGACACUUCCCAGACACUUUCCAGACACUUCCCAGACACUUUCCAGACACUUUCCAGACACUUUCCAGACAUGUGGGCGCUCGGCCAGGCGGGCGAGGGCAAGCAGCAGGCGGGCGGAGGCAACGAGGCGCUGCUGAUGCCCUCCUUCGCCGAGGAGGAGGUGGACCUGGUCUCAGAGAUCGAGCGUACCGUCGGGCUGCUGCUCGCCUCGCCGACCGCAAAGGCGGAGGUCAAGCUCAAGUCGUGCUUCGACCCCCGCCUGCCGCAUGUGCGAGUCGACGCCUCGCGGCUGAUGCGCGCCCUGCUCAACCUCCUCACAAACGCGAUCAAGUUCACCACCUCGGGCUCGGUCACGAUCUCGGUCAAGCUGCUCAGCGAGCCACCUCCCGUCGGAGGGCUGUGCGAGGCGCACUUCGAGGUCGCAGACACCGGCCGGGGGAUGGAGGCCGAGGAGCUGCAGCGGGCAACGCACCCGUACUCGCGCUCCUCGACGGCGGAGGGCGGCGGGAUGGGGCUCGGGCUCGCCAUCGCCGCGAAGGCGGUGGCCGAGCUCGGCGGCAAGCUCGAGCUGCGCAGCGAGGGCCUCGGCUGCGGCACGAGCUGCUCCUUCUCCGUGCGGAUGCAGCGGGGCGGCUCGACCUGCUCCGGCUCGCGCGGCUCGUCCGAGUCGCUCGAGGUGAGCCCGCCGGCCGCGGGGCGCCGCUUGCGCGUGAUGCUUGUCGACGACUCCGAGCUGCUGCUGAAGAGCGUGUCGGAGGUGAUCGCCUAUUUCGGGCACACGAUCUCGCACACCGCCGCCGACGGGGAGGCUGCGCUGCAGCUGCUGCGCGCCCACUCGCACGAGAUCGACGUCGCCUUCGUCGACAUCAACAUGCCCCUCAUGCGCGGCGACGAGGCGAUCCGGAGGUACCGCGAGUGGGAGCGAGGCCACGCGCGGCCGCGGUUGCGCGCGUAUGCGAUGAGCGGGGACACGAACGCCGCGAUGACCAAGCAGCUCCGCGUGGACGGCUUCGACGGGAUCCUCGCCAAGCCCGUCUACCCGCUCGCCUUCUCCCGGAUAUGCGAGGAGGUGUUUGCGGCGCUGCCCGCCGCGGGAGCCGCGCCGCCGCCCGCCUCGCCCCCGCGGGUCGUGCCAGCCACCCUCUCCGAGGCCCUGCGAGGCGUGCCAGCCACCCUCUCCGAGGCCGUCGGCCGCGGCGCAGCCGCGCGCGCACCCGCCACCGGCCUGGCCGCCGCGCCCGCCGCGCCCGCCGCGGGCUCCUCCACGCUCGCCUCUGGCUCUGCGAGCGGGUCGGCGAGCGGGGCUGCGAGCGGGGCGGCUUGUGAGACGGAGGCGGAGAUGCUCGCCGCGCUGCCCGACUCGGUCUUCAACGCGCGCGACUUUGUGGCGGUGUUUGGCAUCCCGAUGGACAUCGCGGCCGCGCUGGUGGCUCAGAUGGACCUCUCCCUGGGCAGGGGCAUGGAGAGCAUGGUCGAGGCGGAGGGGGCGCCGUGGGACGAGGCCGGCACGCAGAGCGUCAUGGGAAUCGCUCACACCGCCAAGGGGAACGCGCUGCAGGUGUGCGCCUCGCGCCUGGCUGCCGCCUCGGAGACGCUCGAGAUCCUUGCGGCGGGCGGCAAGAGCGAGCGCGCGAGCGCCGCCCUGGCGGUGUGGCGCAAGACGGCCGAGGAGUUCCGCCACUUUGUCAGAUGCAACCCCACGCUCGAGGACCUCUUGGAAUGAGCGCCGGGCGUGUGCAUCGUGCCCCGCCCUGCGGAUUGUACACAAUGCUACACACAGCCGGCCAGGGAGCGGGGUGCAGGCUGCAGGGUUGGAACGGCGGGCAAGCAGCAAGCUGGCGUC